AUGGGUUUUGUCCCCAAAAGAGAACUUGACGCAGUCGAUGCAGUUGAGAUAUCUCCCAAACGACACCAGCCCGGACUCGACGAGAACUCAACAGAAGGCAUCUUAUCGCGCAUCACCCUUCCCGACCUCAAAUCGUGCUUCCAGGACUUACUCGCAGACCCCUUGUGCGGUCCAUUCAUCGAGGCACAGCUUCACACAUACGCAGACAAAUCAUGGGACGCAGAGCGAGAGCGCGUCAAGCAGCAGGCCCAGCAGAUUGGGGGUCAGGCGGAAUCCGCAAUCGCCAAGGUCAUCAGGCAAACCGAGAAGUUGAGAACCGCGGCGAACGUAUCUGAUCGGGGCAACGCAGUCGCGCCACUCUUGCAGCCAACUUACGACCUCUGGCAACUCGGGCAAAGGCUCAAUGGGCCAACCUUGGCUUUCGACCUCUUGAUGAACUUUGUAGAAAUGAUUAUACAACCUGAUGAUGGAGAAUACGAGCCAUCGGGCGACUUCGACGAUAACGAUCAUGUUCACUGCGAGAUAGAGAGUAUCCUCGUGGGAAUUGCGUAUGAGGACCGUCACCGGUAUGCCGAAGCUGCAGAUUGGACAUCGCAGGAGCAAACCGCCAAUCGAAGGAGGGUUGUCGACAAAUUGAACAAGUCCAUUACGGAUUCUUCCGGAACAUAUCAAUACAGCACGCUGUCGAUGUUACUUUUCAAUGGAAAAAUCGAUGGCACGAUGCCCCCCAUCAACGUUGGACAUUUUUGCCAACGACCUCGUUGGCAGGGCGGCGAGAUCGUAGGGUACUAUGAUAUACCUUCAGCAAUCUAUACAAUCGACUCUGACAGCGAAGACGGUUUCUGGUAA